CCCAACCCCAAUCCCCUCACCCCACUCCACUCCUCUUCUUCUCCCUCACCACCUCUCCCCAAUACCUCGUCCUCUUCCUCUUCCUCUUCCUCUUCCUCUUUCUCCUCCUCCGUUGCUCGCUCCAAGCCAUCGACAAUGGCCGCCGCCGCCGCCGCAUUCGCCGCGGCCGUGUCCCUCCCCUCCUCCUCCUCCAUAUCCUCCCCUUCUCCCUCGCUCCACAAGACGUGCUUGUUGUACCCGAGAGGCGUCGCAAAGGCCGCAGUCGGGAGAGGGGGCGGCGUUGCGCCGUUACGAGCUCAGGUGACCACCGAGGCUCCGGCGAAGGUUGAGAAGGUCUCGAAGAAGCAGGACGAGGGGCUCGUCACCAACAAGUUCAAGCCCAAGGAGCCCUUCAUCGGCCGCUGCCUCCUCAACACCAAGAUCACCGGCGACGACGCCCCCGGCGAGACAUGGCACAUGGUCUUCAGCACCGAUGGGCAGGUGCCCUACAGAGAGGGGCAAUCCAUUGGAGUGAUCCCUGAUGGGGUGGAUAAGAAUGGGAAGCCCCACAAGCUGAGAUUGUACUCCAUCGCCAGCAGCGCUCUCGGAGACUUCGGCGAUUCCAAAACCGUUUCUCUCUGCGUGAAGCGGCUUGUUUAUACCAAUGAGCAGGGGGAGAUAGUGAAAGGAGUUUGCUCGAACUUCCUAUGUGAUCUCAAACCUGGUGCUGAUGUCAAGAUUACCGGACCAGUCGGAAAAGAAAUGCUUAUGCCAAAAGAUCCUAACGCAACUGUUAUAAUGCUUGCGACAGGAACUGGGAUUGCUCCUUUCCGCGCAUUCUUGUGGAAAAUGUUCUUUGAGAAGCACGAGGAUUACAAGUUCAAUGGACUAGCAUGGCUCUUCUUGGGAGUUCCUACAAGCAGCUCCUUGCUUUAUAAGGAGGAAUUUGAGAAGAUGGAGGAGAAGGCGCCGGACAAUUUCCGGCUCGACUUUGCAGUGAGCAGAGAGCAAACUAAUGCCAAAGGCGAGAAGAUGUACAUCCAGACUCGCAUGGCAGAGUAUGCCGAGGAAUUGUGGGAGCUACUCAAGAAGGACAAUACCUUUGUAUACAUGUGUGGACUAAAGGGGAUGGAGAAGGGUAUCGAUGACAUUAUGGUGUCUUUGGCCGCCAAAGACGGUAUCGACUGGGCGACGUACAAGAAGGAACUAAAGAAAGGAGAACAGUGGAACGUGGAAGUGUAUUGAUCAUCCUUGCAUUUUUCAUGCAACCUGCGUCUCUCGUGGAAGGAGAUGUACAUGCUAGAAAAUUCGGUCCCCUCUAUGUAGAUAAGCAGUCUUUUCCUUUGAGCUUAUAUUACUUUCUUGUAAGAGGCUCAGUUACUGUAUCCUUCUUGGUUUUAUUCAAAAGGAAGCAUAAGAUGUAACAUCUUGUAAGCAAUCUCUACUCCAUUGAUAAACUUCCUCCUCCGGUUUUCUUAUGCCAACGUUUUUAUUUUUUUCAAGAAAA